AUGUCCUCAGACUUCUGGGCUGGCUACCUUAGUGGGGCCAUCGGGAUCAUCAUUGGAAAUCCUCUAGACCUUAUCAAAGUCCGAUUGCAAGCCAGUCGUGCUACAGAUGCAGCUGCAACAUUGCCACACCAGCAAUUGAGCCGCUUUGAGAGCACCGGCUCUCUCGUGCGAGGUGCUGCGGCUCCAAUUCUCGGAUAUGGGGCUCUAAAUGCUAUACUUUUUGUUGCCUAUAACCGGUCAUUGAUGCUCUUGGACAGUUCCGUGACAGACCCCACAGAUCCUCAAGGAAUUUCACUAUAUAAAUUAUGGCUUGCCGGUGCUGCAGGUGGAGUGGCCAGCUGGACUGUGUCGUCUCCGACUGAGUUUAUCAAAUGCCGAACGCAACUUGACACACGCCCGGGAGUGUCAUCUUGGACCGUCACCAAAGAUAUUGUAAGGACCCUUGGCUGGAGGGGCCUUUAUUUCGGAGGAGUGAUAACCUGUGCUCGAGACUCUAUUGGCUAUGGAUUUUAUUUUUGGACUUAUGAGUAUUGCAAACGUCUCAUAGCUUCUAAGGAUGAUGGUGCACAGCAGACGGCAAUGAAAGUACUUCUUUGCGGUGGUGUUGCCGGAGUAGCUACAUGGGCUUCAGUUUAUCCGCUGGACAUGAUCAAAACUAGACUGCAGGCGCAGGGGCUCGGGACACGUCCUGAAGACCAGCCUCUGGUGCGGCCUCAAAAUGAUAGACGGGCGCUGAACAGCUUUCAGCUCGCUAGGGAGACCUAUCGGACAGAAGGGCUGAAGGCCUUCUAUCGCGGGUUAGGAGUGUGCAGUGUAAGGGCAUUCAUAGUAAAUGCUGUCCAGUGGGCAAGCUACGAGUGGCUUAUGGUGUAUCUCGACAACCCAUGGAAUCAGACACAUGCACAAGUUUCAUAA